AUGGCGUGGAGGACGUCAGGACAUGCUCACAAUGGAGGGGAGACACAGAAGAUCCACAGGCGUGUCACCUGGCUGAAUACCAAUGUCUUCACCGACAGAUGGAUUGACCAGGAGGCCACCAGUGCCCUGUGUCACCUCGGUGCUAUGCGAUCAAUGGAUCUGUUGAAGGAAAUGGAAGAAAAAGCUGAACAGGUCAAGUCCCCGAGCAAUUAUAUCAAGGCUGCGGCUGGCCGUGAAGGAGCACAUGGAGCACCCUCAGUAGUAUAUGGACAUCAGGGACAUGGACGCCCAGACGAGUCCAAAAUACACAGAAGAGCCACCUGGCUAAGCGCCAAUGUAUUCCAGGAUCGGCCAAUUGAUGCGGAGGCUAUCGAUGCCAUGAAACGUCUUGACACCCGCCGAGCACUUGAGAUGUUCAAAGAGCUCGAAGAGAAGCAGGACCAGAUCAAGAACCCGAGCAGAUACCUGAUAUCCGCUGCCAUGCGGGAGACAGGUGGGGCAUCUACGCAGCCAGCACUUAUGGCGCUGCCAGCUCCUGUAUCGGCACCGGCUGGAAGGGCAAUGCACGCACCCUACGCUGCAGCAAAUGUGGAUGAGUCAAAGAUCCACAGAAGAGCCACCUGGCUCAACGCGAACGUAUUUCCAGAUCGUCCGAUCGAUGAGGAGGCCAUAGCAGCCAUGAAGGGCCUUGGCGGAACGAGGGCUAUGGAACUCUUCAAGGAUGUCGAGGAGAAGAAAGAGCAAGUGCGCAACCCAAGUGGCUACCUGAAGAUGGCAGCUGCACGGGAAAGCCCGGUCGGCCCAGUUGUGCUGAGUGUACCUCAAGGGGCAGAUCACGGUAAAGUUCAGCGGCGGGCAAACUGGCUGAAUGCAAACGUUUUCCCAGAUCGCCAAAUUGAUUCGGAGGCAAUCGAAGCUAUGAACACGUUGGGCUCUACCCGUGCCAUGGAGCUUUUCAAGGACGUUGAAGCAAAGGGGGACCAAGUGAGAAAUCCCAGCAAUUAUUUAAAGAGCGCGGCUGCGCGGGAAGGCGCGUAUGCUGCCCCGCCGGCGGCUCCGGUGACACUGCCCGCGCUUCCUCGUGGCAAGGUAUCCAGGCCCCUAAGUGGCCCGGCAUCACCAGCCGAACAGACGAGGAUACAUAGAAAGGUCACCUGGCUGAAUGCCAAUGUUUUCCCCGAUCGCAGAAUUGAUGAUGAGGCGAUUGGUGCUAUGUAUGGCCUUGGCCUUGCUCGGGCCAUGGAGCUGUUACAGGAGAUAGAGGAGAAGUCUGCGGAUUUGCGGAAUCCUACCGGCUGGCUGAAAACGGCUGCCUUUCGCGAGGGCCUGGCACCGCCAGAUUCAGCCCCAGCUACGCCGAGAUGGACAUCUGGAGAUGAUGGUAAGGGCGGCAGAGCAGAUUACGACAAGCUGCACAGGCGGAUCACGUGGCUGAACAAAAAUGUUUUCGUGCACAGCCCGCUGGAUGCGGAAGCUAUAGAGGCUCUUGCGUCUCUGUCCUUGGAAAGAGCACUGGACAUGCUCAAGGAACUGGAAGGCAAAGGAUCUGAGGUGAAAAACCCUGGCGGCUACAUAAAGGCCGCGGUCAAGCGAGAGCAUACAGGUUAUGGAGGCGUUGGUUUCAAGAGGUAUGGAUCUUCUCCUGAAGGUCCAGCUGCCAAGCGAAGGUGA